AUGGUAAAGAGGGUGCUGAAACAUGAAAUUGCUUCUUGGGUAGAGAUCCAGGAGCAGAUGCUGGCCGAGAGGGUCCUUGUCGCAAACCGAGCAGCGACUUGGUACGAGUAUAAGACUGGCAAGUUCAGACGAGAAGUCGAGGGGCGUGGCGAGCUGAUCAGAGAAGGCUGGGUGCCGAGUAGCAAACAGGGCAAGAGGCAAACGCACAUCAAGGGAUGGAAGUCAAAACAAACGAAGAGCGCUGAGGGUGAGAAAGUGCAGGAAUUUGAGGGAUGGAACAGUGUGAAACUAGAGGGCUUGCCGGUAAGGGCGACAAGUUGUGACGUGGAACAGCUGCAGGCACCCAAGGGGGAGGCGCUGAGUGUUAGCUACUCGAAAGGUACACAGAAGGAGCAACCGGGGCAGCAAGAAGGCUACAGGAGCACCAGAGAAGCUUAA